UUACUUCGAAUUAUUUCGCGAAUGUUGUGGAAAGAUCGAGAAGCCGAAAUGGGAGGGUAUAUAAACAGCCGCGCUUGCUUGCAAGUCAAUUCUACGAGAAAACGAUAUAGACAAGAGCAGAGAGUCAUUAUCUACGAUAAAAAAUAUGGGUAAAGACUACUACGCAGUGCUAAACGUUGACAAAGCAGCGAGUGCAGACGACAUCAAGAAAGCUUAUCGAAAACAAGCUUUGAAAUAUCACCCGGACAAAAACAAAAGUCCAGGAGCUGAAGAGAAAUUUAAAGAAAUCUCUGAAGCUUACGAAGUUCUGAGUGACCCCAAAAAGAAAGAGAUCUACGACCAAUAUGGCGAAGAAGGCCUCAAAGGCACACCACCACCACAAAAUGGAGGCGGCCAUGGUUUUUCCGGUGCAAAUUUUGGUCCCGGUUUCACUACGUUCACUUACACAAGUGGGGAUGCCCGAGAAACCUUUUCCAGAGUAUUCGGAGACGAAGAUCCGUUCGCAGAUCUGAUCGGUGGACUUGGAGGGUUUAGUUUCUUUAAUGGAAUGGGCUCACACCAGCGAAAAGGACGUGUUCACUCUAACUUCAACAUGAUGGACGAUGAAAACAUGAACUCUUUUGAAUUUGGUGCACCGCCGAAGAAACAAAAAGUCCAAGAUCCACCGCUCGAAAGGGAUCUCUUAGUCAGCCUCGAAGAGCUCUACAAAGGUACAACUAAAAAGAUGAAAAUUUCAAGAAAAGUCCCCGAUCCUAAUGGGUCUCAACGAUUGGAGGAGAAAAUUUUGACAGUGAACGUCAAGCCUGGAUGGAAAGAGGGUACAAAAAUCACAUUCCCCAAAGAGGGUGAUCGAAAACCUGGAGUCAUUCCCGCCGACGUGGUGUUUAAAAUCAAGGACAAACCACACAAGCACUUUACAAGAGAUGGCGAUAACAACUUGGUAUACAAAGCUAAGAUUUCCCUUCGAGAUGCUUUAGGUGGGACUACUAUCAGCGUUCCAACCCUUAGUGGGAGAACUGUGCAAGUGCAUAAUGCCGAUGUCAUUCAGCCAGGAUCAUCAAAAAGAAUAGUCGGGGAAGGACUGCCCAUGCCAAAAGACAAUAGCCGUAAAGGGGACUUGAUCAUUAAAUAUGAUGUUUAUUUGCCAAAUAACAUAACUCCUGCUCAGAAACAGGUUUUAAUGAAUACUUUGCCUAAGUAGUCCAAAUAAUAAAACAAUGUUGAAAGUAUCACACUCGUACCCAGUCUGAAAACUAGGAAGAAGAAGCAAGAGGAGAGAAAUAUUUAAUACAAAGCAAUCAUUACGAUGCUCUAGGGAACCAAAAUCCUUUGCUUGUCUUGUUCUCUGUCACCAUAUAUUUAAUGACUGGCUACGAGUCUGAGAAAGUAUUGAGAUAUGUAAAUAGUUCUGCACAACGAAAAUUUUCAAUAAAUAUUGAAUACGUAAAA